UGACAUGUGUUAACCUCAAAAGCAGUAGCUAAAACAGUUGAUCUAAAUAAACAAUGAAUCUGUUAUGAUUAAUUUAGCCUUCACUAGCUAAUAUCAGAGAAAUCUCAACUUUGACUCCUCUUAUCCUCAUACGAAAUGGAUUGAAGCAAGGAAAUUGUUUUAAGCCGUAUAUUAUCCAAACGAAAACAUGUCACCUUUGUGGUCAGUUUUAUCAUCUUGUAUUCUGGUUUUUGUAUUGCUCUUCGCUGAAUAUAUGUGCGAAGAUGAAUUCCUUGGCAUUCCAAUUCAACCUUUAAACAUCAAUAAUUCACAAACCCAGUUCAGGACACAGACUACUGCUGGUUCUAGAUUGAGUAACAAUGAAUGGCCCGCUAUUGGUGAAAGAAGACAUAAUAACCACCACAAUAAUGUCCAAACAUCCACGCAAAGCUCUUUUGUUCGACAACAAGUUGCACAGUGGAACGAACGUUUGAGCCCCAAUACUUCCUAUGCUACCUCUGUAAAUAAUCGACCAAAUUCAAAUCAUAGACAUCAACAAUUGAACUUGAGAACAACAGUUCAUCCUUCCACAGGGGUUCGUUUCAGUGAUAAUGGAGCUAAUAGUCAGGGAGGAUCUACGGGUAUAAAAAAGGACACAUCUCUGGCAACUGAUGAGGAGUUACGAGAGUUUUCUGAGAAUUUACUGACAAAGGAUACAAACAAUGCUGCCAGUUUUGUUACAAUAAAUUACCAGGGUAGGACUACGUCUAGAUCAAAAAAUGAUGAAGCACCUUUGCCGCUACUGUCGAUAAGAAGGGAUGCAUAUAGAAUUCCAACAAUUUCGAAAUUGCAACCUUUAUAUGACAAUUACAUUGUGCAAAGCAAUGUGAACGAAGAUUAUACCAAUCAGGAAAAACAAGAAGAAAAUACUCUUUUAAGGGCAAUAUUAGAUACUGAAGUCAUGCGAGCUACAAGAAAAUUUUUGAUGGACAAAGGAGCUAUUAGUGGCAAUGAAAGAGACUUUGAGAAGUUGCUGCACGAAAUGUGGUUUGACUUAUACCCUAGAGCAAAGAAGAAGGUUGGAUCUAGCGCUUUCGAACAUGUUUUUUUGGCUGAAAUAAAAAAAGGAGAUGUUUCUGGUCUUCAUAAUUGGUUAUACUUUGAGAGGGAAGAAUCUAGCCACAGGGCAAACUAUUUGGGUUAUUUGAAGAAGAUAGAUCUGGGAAAUAAAGGAGCCAUAUUAAAAUUCAAUUUUGACUUCCACGGAAUCAACAAACCUGUUGGAUCUAUGUUUAUAGGGACAAGUCCAGAAUUUGAAAUGGCCCUGUAUUCAACUUGUUUCAUCCUUCGGGCUGAUAGAGUAUGCCCUUCGAAACUUGGUGGAAAGCGUCUUGUGAUUAGAACGUAUUCGUUCAUGUAUAAUGGUAAAAAGCUGAUCGGAAGUGCAUUCCCAGAAAUUUGAGAAGCAGCUUAUUUUAUUUCAGGAAAACAACGAAUAUUGUUGUCAAAUUUAUGAAUUGUUUUUUCUAUUAGCGAAAAUUUUAUGUUUCUUUUCUUUUUAAUAAAAUAAAUAAACAAAAAAUGA